AUAGGAAACCAGUGGCAAUCCUAGAGACAGCGCAGCGACUGCAAGAUGCGCUCUCUAAAGCCGAGCUUAACAUUGUCGAUUCGCAGAAACAGUUCGACUUCCGCACAACUACUACAGAUGAAAGUAGCAGGCUCCCGCUCCCGCUCAGCGAGAACAGCGGGCUCAUGGAUCCCGCCUCCAUCUCGCUGGAUCUCACAGCCCAGCUUGCGUUCUUUCGGAAACUGAAGUUUCAAUAUCUGGAACAGAAAGCGAAGGACUCAUAUAUCAAAAUCAUUGUCAACGACGAUGCUCCAAGCAUAUAUGCAGCAGAUAAUGAGGCACAGCGCGAACUUAAUGAGCACAAGAAACGGGAACUUAGGGAGAAGAAGCUCAGACUUGCGGAGAUGCAGAGUAAUAUUAGGACGCUCGCGCCGCUCAUUGAACAAGACUGCACAAAAGUCAGAUCCCUUACAGAAGAGUCCGUAGGACUUUCCCGCAAGAUUCUAGAUGCCCGCCUGAAACUUACACGUCUCCGACAAGCCUAUCCCCAGCCGCGUCUCACUGUCCCUUCUGCAGAAGCUCAGCUCGAUGCACAAGUGCUUGAGAUGCAGACACUCGAAGAUAAGCUACAGAACCUGAACGAUGCAGUCGAUAGUAUGAAGGAUAAGGUCAAGUCCGGCGCGCGGGAAGUAGAGUGGCUGAGCGGAGAACGGGGCGAGAUAGAGAAACUUGUGAAGUCGAGCAAGAGCGAGGACGAAGAUGCACAGGUUGUACGGUCGUAUAAAUGGUAUACGGCUGCACUUAAGUUGCAUCGGAAACUGCACUCGCUAGUUUCGUUUGUAUCUCCUUCAGAGAACGAACUCCACCUUGAGUACGCUAUCCGCUCAUCGUCCGCAAGCGGUACAUGGUUUCCAGUUGUAAUCAUUCUCCUCUUUGUACCGAAUACCCGGCAGCUGGCGGACGUGCAGGUCUCUGACCUGCCCUUAGGCAGUGACAUGAGCGACAUUAUUGGGGCUCAUAUACAAGCAAAUGAUGUGGUGGGAGUUGUGGCUGCUGUUCUAGGGAGGGCGAGGGGCGAGAUAGCGGAUGAGCAGGCAUGAGAUUCAUGGUCACUUCGGUCUGUUUAUGUUUAUGUAUGCCGUGACUAGCUCGUGGUAGCAGUAUAUCGUACUCUGUUUCAA